AUGACUAUAGAUAUAACUACUACAAAAUCAGUUGGUGGUGGUCGUGGAUCCACUGCUUUAUCAUCGUCAUCCUCAGGUGAAGAUACAAUUAAACAUGGUAGACUGGAUUCCAUUGAUGAAUCAACCCUAAAUCAAGAAGGUUGUGCUUUAACUUCAACUAUUUCCAACAGUAGUAAUAAUAGCAACGGCAAUAACAAUAAUCAUACAUCUUAUUACAACAAAAGAAGGAAAAGUAAAGCUUCUGCUGAACACUUCAACACUGUUUAUCAUCAAUAUAAUAAAUGUUUCCAAAAUUAUUAUCAUUGCUAUCAAUAUUUAAAACCAAAUUGUCAAUAUGUCACUAAUGUUAAACCAUCAGUUAAUCAUUGGCAAUUACGUGAUUUACUCAAGUUCAACCAAUUAAACAAUCAAGUGUAUUAUACUAAAGACGAUGCCAUUUAUAGCUGUGAUCUCGACAGUUUUAAUGUUAAUGAAUAUAUUAAAUUCAAUUAUUAUUCUCGUUGUUUUGAUCAUGUUGAUGAUUAUAUUGUCACAGGAGGAUUAUUAACAACUUCAUCGAAAAUGUUUUCCUUAAAUUUACAAAAUUUAACUUAUGAUAUUCCUAAUACUAUUAAUAGCAGUACUAAUUACUACAAUAAUAAUAAUAUUAAUAGUUUGUCAUCAUCUUCUAUCAGAAGAAUUUCUAAAGGGUUGUUUUCAUUUUAUAAUCCUGAAUUAAAACAAUUGAAUACGGUUAAAGUUGGUGAAAUGAUCAAUAAUGAUGUGACACUUUAUAAAUCAUCAAACAAUCAUUUCCAAUCGUACAUUUGUAAUAAUGAUACUUAUCUAUAUUGUCUUGAUAUAAAUCAAUCAGGUUUCAAAUGUUUAAAUAAGAUUAAUUGUGAACCAAACACCAGUUUAAAUAAUGUGGUUAAAAACCCUCAAUCAGAAAAGAUUUUAACUGCUACUGGUGAUUCCAGUCUGAUUUUUUUAAUUGAUCCCACAAUGGGGAAAGUGGUUAAGACGAUUGAUUCGAAACAAGAUUCAGGAUUUACUUGUGCUUAUCAUUCUUCAGGGAUGAUAUUUAAUACAGUACAUCAAAAUGGGGUUUCAUUAAUUUAUGAUCUUCGAAUGAUGAAAGAUGUUGUACAAAUCCAUUCAACCAGACCAGGUCAUCAAUCAGGAGCAUUUAGAGCUGCGAAAUUUUCUAAUGACUUGAAUGAUUUAUUGAUAAUUUCUGAACAUGUCGGUAGAGUUCAUAUCAUUGAUUUAAGAAAAUUGAAUAAUGUUGAUGAUCAUCAAGUUAUUGUUUUACCAGCAGCAUUAAAUGAAUAUAUUGAUAAUGAUGAAACUGAAGCUGAUAAACAAAGAGAACAACUGGAAUUUAAUAAACCAUUAGUUUAUGAUUAUUUAUAUGCCAAAAACAACAAACUUUUCAACACAUCACAACAUUCAUCAUCAUUAAUGUUGUCGACAUCAUCAUCGUCUAGUUUUUCUUCAACUACAUCAGCAAUGGUUAAUAUUAGUUAUUCACCAACUUCACGUUGUGAAGAUCUGUAUCAACAAUCAAGUCGUCAUCUUCAUGGUGAAUUGGAAUUACUGGGGAUUGAAUUUACUGAUGAUUCCAAAAUUUUGAUUGGUUGCCAAGAUUCAGGAAUGUUGGUAUGGGAUGUUAAUACUAUAGCCAGAAGAAGUAUCGGCAGUUGUGAUUUUGUCUAA